AUGCUCUUCAUCAUAACCCUCAUCAUCUUCGGGUUCUGGGCGUGGAACCGGCGGAAGAGGGACUCCAAGGAACCGCCGAUGUUGCCUGGUGCUGUACCUCUCAUUGGCCACGCAUACCACUUCAUUGGAGACAGUGCUGAAGUUGUGCUGUGGAAGAAGCUAGAGGACGUGUCAGACAAGUGCUCCGACGCUGGUGGAGUCAUCCAGGCGCAGAUCGGACCCAGGACUGUUUAUGUGGUGACAGACCCUGAGGACUGUAUGACGAUAUCCAACGCGUGUCUUCAGAAGGACGGCUACUACGACUUCGCCAAGCCCUGGCUGGGAGAAGGCCUGGUCACUGGGACUCUGUCAAUAUGGAGAGUCCACCGGAAGCUGCUCAACCCGGCCUUCAGCCAGAUAGUCCUGGACGGGUUUCUGGACCUCCUCAACCGCCAGGCUCGGAGGCUGGUGAAGGACUUGUCGGCGGAGGUCGGCAAAGGGCCCUUUGACCACUGGGUGUAUACACGGCAUAACGCCAUUGAGACUAUUUGCUUGACCGCCCUAGGCGUAGACUUUAGCGACAAGACGAUCCUCACGGCGGAGUACGUGCAAGCGACGGAGAAGAUACUAAAUGUGUUCGUGGAGAGAUUCCUCAAGAUCUGGUGGCACAACAACUUCCUGUACGACUUCAGCAACCUGAAGAAGAAGCAAGAUGAGCUGUUGAAGAUACUGCAUCAUAUGUCUAUCACGGUACUCAAGAAGAGGAAAGCAGAAUACUUGAAGAACAGAAAUAACGUAGAGGAAACAGAAAAACCAACUAUUACAGGAGUCAAAUUCAAACCCUUCAUGGAUCUUCUUUUAGAACUUUCUAUUGAGAAGGGGGCGUUUGAUGAUAGGGAGAUCAGAGAGCACAUAGACACCAUGAUCAUAGGGGGUCAUGACACAUCGGCCGCGGUGCUGAUGUUCAGUUUAUUACUGAUAGGAUCCUACCCUGAGGUUCAGGAGAAGAUAUUUGAUGAGCUUCGUGAAGUAUUCGGUGAUGACGACCGCGACGCGUCCAAGCACGAUCUCUCGCAGCUCGUCUACCUGGAAGCUGUUCUGAAGGAGAGCAUGAGGAUAUACCCCAUAGUGCCCGUCAUAGCGAGAGCCCUGGAUAAGGACGUUAAGUUGCGCCACUGCACCCUCUCGGCCGGUCGCACCUGUUUCAUGCUGGUCUGCGGGAUCCACCGCUACCCGUGCUGGGGCCCCGACUCCGCCCAGUUCAAGCCGGAGCGCUGGCUUGACCAGGCCAACUUGCCUGAGCAUCCGGGAGCCUUUGCCGCGUUCAGCAUGGGCAGACGGAUAUGUAUAGGUAAGUCCUACGCGUACAUGUCGAUGAAGACGACGCUGGCGCACGUGUUACGUCACUACAAGGUGAAGGGGGAUCACAGCAAACUGACUCUCAAGAUGGACGUCAUGCUGAAGCCCGUGGGCGGACACCACAUUAGCAUUGAGAGGAGGAAGAAGCUCGUCAAGUAG